UCAUCCCUCGUUCUGCGAUUUGUAAACAAUGACUUCCAGGAGAACAAGGAACCUACAAUCGGAGCUGCCUUUCUGACCCAGAAAUGCUCCCUGCCCACCCGUACAAUCAAGUUCGAGAUAUGGGAUACCGCCGGCCAAGAACGUUUCGCAUCUCUUGCUCCCAUGUACUACCGAAACGCCCAAGCCGCCCUCGUCGUAUACGACCUGACCAAACCAUCCUCCCUGAUCAAAGCCAAACACUGGGUUGCCGAACUCCAGAGACAAGCAAGUCCCGGAAUUGUCAUCGCUUUGGUCGGUAACAAGCUUGAUCUGACAAGCGGUGACGGCACAUCGGCCUCAGCCGGUGACCCUGCGCAGGCCCGGGACCCCGCCAAUGAGGGUGAAGAGGGAGAGACUCAAGGGGGCAGCGGCGGAAACGACGAACAAGAUGACGAACGGGAUGGUUCUCCCAAUGGCGAUGCCAGAAAAGUAUCAACACAAGAGGCUAGCUCAUACUCUGAAGCCGAGGGUUUACUAUUCUUCGAAACCAGUGCCAAGACCGGUUUCAACGUCGCGGAGGUAUUCACAGCCAUUGCAAAUGCGAUCCCCGAGGCAAGCCUUAAGAGUUCUAGGGGCGGUGCCGGGGCCGGUGGAUCGUCUGGAAAUGCCGGACUUGGUACUGGGUCACGGCCUGGAGACGAUUCGAGGAUCAAUCUUCGAGACAGAGGGCAGGUUGGUGCGAAGGAAGGCUGUGCUUGCUAG